CAUACCCAGAAGUAGUAGUGAAAAGAUGGAUAGUCUCUUUUUGAAGGCAGGGAUUCAUGGGGUGACUUCAGCGAUCCCGGUCGCCGGGGGAGCUUUAGACGUCCGUACAACUUCAGCCCACCUUAGCGCCGCGGUGGGACAUUCUGCGACGCCGGCUGCCAAUGCGAUUUCGGUUGACAAACCUUCUGUGUCGUUGUCGACGCCGCCUCAAAGAACUGCGCCUUGGGGGUUUUCUUUUAGGUACCCACUCAGAUCUCUGUGGCCUGGAGGUCGAAACAGGUACGAUGCCAUUGCGCUGGAUGACGCCGUCGUGGUUGAUGAAAAGGAAGAGAAAAAAGAAGGGGUUAUUGAAGGUGAGAGUGGGAAUGAUGGACAGAAUGGGAAUUGGGUGUCGAAGAUUCUUCAUGUGAGGGCUUUGUGGAAGGACGAAGGGCAAAGUGGCGGUGAAGGAUUGGGGGAAAAAGAGGAAGAAACCGGCGUGGUGAAUGAUAAUGAAAAUGAUCUGGGCAGCAGCGAAUGUUAUGGUGGUGGUGGUGAUGAAGAAUGUAAUGUAUGUACAGUUGAUGAUGACGACAAGAUUGAAUUCAACAGGGGUUCGUUUUCAAAGCUGCUUCGCAGGGUGUCGUUGGCAGAAGCAAGGUUGUAUGCUCAGAUGUCGUAUUUAGGGAACUUGGCUUAUUCCAUUCCCCAAAUCAAGCCAGGAAAUCUCCUGAAAUAUCACGGACUGCGAUUCAUUACUUCGUCAUUGGAAAAGAAACAACAAGUGCUAAAGGCUGAAAAAGAGAAGGCAGAAGCCGAUGUUCAGGAAGCAGAAGGAAGCCCAAAGGAGCCUGCGGACAGGAAGGAGGGGAAGACUACUAGUGGGAAUAGGGUAAGUGUCACCACUGCUUAUCAGAUUGCCGCCUCUGCUGCUUCGUAUCUGCAUGCUCAUACAACAAGCGUCCUUCCCUUUACAUCCUUCAAACCCAAGUCAAUUAAAGAUCCGCCUGAAGGAGAAAGUGGAACCAAUGAUAAUGUUUGUAUGAUGGACGCAAAGGUGGCCUCCUUAAUGGCAACCACUGACUCAGUGACAGCAGUGGUCGCUGCAAAGGAGGAAGUGAAGCAGGCUGUUGCAGAUGAUUUGAAUUCAACACGUUCAUCACCCUGUGAGUGGUUCGUUUGCGAUGAUGAUCAAAGUGGCACAAGAUUCUUUGUCAUUCAGGGAUCGGAGUCACUGGCAUCGUGGCAAGCCAAUCUACUCUUUGAGCCCGUUCAGUUUGAGGGACUGGAUGUGAUUGUGCAUAGAGGUAUAUAUGAGGCUGCAAAGGGGAUAUAUGAGCAGAUGCUGCCUGAAGUCCGUGCGCAUCUAAGAUUUCAUGGUGAUCGCGCCACGUUCCGUUUUACGGGGCACUCUCUCGGCGGUAGCUUGUCGCUGCUUGUAAAUCUCAUGCUGUUGAUUAGGGGGGAAGUCCUUCCUUCUUCCUUGCUUCCCGUUAUAACGUUUGGGGCACCAUCUAUUAUGUGUGGAGGGGAUCGCCUGCUUCGUGAGCUUGGAUUGCCUCAAGGCCAUAUCAAGGCAGUCACAAUGCACCGAGACAUUGUACCUAGAGCCUUCUCUUGCCAUUACCCCAAUCAUGUUGCAGAGCUUCUUAAGGCAGUCAAUCGAAACUUUCGGGGUCAUCCAUGUCUCAAUAACCAGAGGCUGUUGUAUGCUCCAAUGGGGGAGUUUCUGAUUCUACAGCCAGAUGAGAAAUUGUCUCCCAACCAUGAUCUCCUUCCCUCCGGCAGUGGGCUAUAUCUAUUGAGAUGCCCAGUGUCAGACGCCAGUGAGGCAGAGAAGCAGGUGCGUGCUGCACAGGCUGUGUUCUUAAACUCACCGCAUCCACUUGAAAUCUUAAGUGACCGUUCGGCAUAUGGUUCCGGGGGAACCAUUCAAAGAGAUCACGACAUGAACUCUUACUGGAAAUCUGUUCGCAGUGUAGUCCGCCAGGAGCUCAUCCGUAGGAGGAAAGCUAGGAGAGAGCACCGUCGCAAAUUUUGGUGGCCUCUUGUAGCACGCAGCAUUGAUGCUGGUAACAGCAUUAUGGGGAGGUCUCCGGUAUCAGCGAACAUGGGCCAAGGUCAAUUCAACUUCUCGGGCGUGUUACAAACUGGCCGAGAAUCUUUGAACAGGUUUAGUAGGCUUGUUGCAUCGCAGCACAUGCAUUUGCUUGUGGUGCUCCUGUUUCCUGCACGGUUGUUGAUCGUUGGUGCAUAUAGCGUAAUCAAUUUCCGUUAAUUAGUUGGUGAUGCUGGAAUUGGUUGUUAGAUAAACACCAGGGGAUUAACUUUAGAGUCUGAGGUGCAUGGUUUACAAUAUAAGAGUAGAUGAUUCAUUGUUCAUUUGGUUGUUACAGCAAUUCAUGUUCCCCUGUUUUGGAGAUGGGGAAUUAAAAGAUUGGCAUGUAGAAAAAAAAAAUUCAUUUGAAAAUCAAUGAAAAUAAAC